GUUAGCCAGGAAGGGGCAAGAGGAAUAGAUGUUAGCUGGGGAUACAGCAGUAUCUGCUGUGCUUACAUUCCUUCUAUCUGUGAUUCUCAAGCUGGGCUUGCAUCACGGGAAAGCUUAAAUCACAGUAAAGCUAAAACUACGACUGCUGGGCCCCACCCCCAAGUGUUUAAGUAGGCCUGGGGUGAGGACCGAGAAUACGCCAAACAGAAUUUUUCAGGUGAAUCUGAUGCUACUAGCAGGGAACUAGUGUUUGGGGGCGUGCUUUCAUAGCAAUGGUAGGUGCUCUUUAAGCCGUUGAACACAUUCAGCACUUGAGGGCUGCACGGUGUUGAAUAAAGAUGGUGAUUUUCACAGUUUAUUAAAGCAGAUACUGCCAGUUCAAAAAUUGGACUCAUGCUGUUAACAGGCAUUGGGACUGUGAAGACCCAUUAUUUAGUCUGUGCCUUCCAGAACUCAUGAAUUAGAGAAAGACCUGUACCGACAAAGAAAAUACCGCUGCAAAUGCAGUGAGAGGCACAGAAGGAGGUGGAUGUGGUUCGACUGUGGAAAGCCUCCUGGAAAGUUACGGGAGGAUUACAGGACGCGUGGCUACCACCUCCAAGAACCUGCCGCCGCUCCCAGACCAGCGCCGGAAACGCUUUGGCUUGGAGUCACGUGGGCGCCUCCUCAGCGGCACCACCUCCCCUGACCGGCCGGAAGUGGCGCGCGCGCCUGCUCAGUACGCGCGCGGCCCGGCCUACGCAGCUCCCUCGGAGCCGCCGUACUGCUUCCCCGUCGGGUUGGUGAGGCAUGGAGCCGGUGGGCGGUGGCGGUGGCGGUGGCGGUGAUCGCCGCGGCUCCUCCCCCGCAGACCCGCGAAGCACCUUCGUGUUGAGUAACCUAGCGGAGGUGGUGGAGCGUGUCCUCACCUUCCUGCCCGCCAAGGCGUUGCUGCGGGUGGCCGGCGUGUGUCGCUUAUGGAGGGAGUGUGUGCGCAGAGUGUUGCGGACCCAUCGGAGUGUGACCUGGAUCUCCGCGCGCUUGGCGAUUGCCGGCCACCUGGAGGAGCAUUGCUUGGUCCGCGUGGUAGCUGAAAAGCUUGAGAAUGUCCAUAUCUUACCACAGACAGUUCUUUACAUGGCUGAUUCAGAAACUUUCAUUAGUCUGGAGGAGUGUCGUGGCCAUAAGAGAGCCAGGAAAAGAACUUCUAUGGAAGCAGCAUUUGCCCUUGAGAAGCUAUUUCCAAAACAAUGCCAAGUCCUUGGGAUUGUGACCCCAGGGAUUGUAGUGACGCCAAUGGGAUCAAGUAGCAAUCCGCCUCAGGAAAUAGAAAUUGGAGAAUCUGGUUUUGCUCUAUUAUUUCCUCAAAUUGAAGGAAUAAAAAUAAAACCCUUUCAUUUUAUUAUGGAUCCAAAGAAAUUAACCCUAGAAAGGCAUCAACUCACUGAAGUAGGUCUUUUAGAUAACCCUGAGCUUCGUGUGGUCCUUGUAUUUGGCUAUAAUUGCUGUAAAGUGGGAGCCAGUAAUUAUCUGCAGCACGUAGUGAGCACUUUCAGUGACAUGAAUGUCAUCUUGGCUGGAGGCCAGGUGGACAACCUGGCAUCGCUGACCUCUGAAAAGAACCCUCUGGAUAUUGAUGCCACCGGUGUGGUUGGACUAUCAUUUAGUGGACAUCGUAUCCAGAGUGCCACAGUGCUUCUCAAUGAGGAUGUCAAUGACGAGAAGACUGCUGAGGCUGCGAUGCAGCGCCUCAAAGCAGCCAACAUUCCAGAGCAGAAUACCAUUGGCUUCAUGUUUGCGUGUGUUGGCAGGGGCUUUCAGUAUUAUAGAGACAAGGGGAAUGUGGAGGCUGAUGCAUUUAGAAAGUUUUUUCCUAGUGUUCCUUUAUUUGGCUUCUUUGGAAAUGGAGAAAUUGGAUGUGAUCGCAUAGUCACUGGAAACUUUAUAUUGAAGAAAUGUAAUGAGGUAAAGGAUGAUGAUCUAUUUCACAGCUAUACAACAAUAAUGGCACUAAUUCAUCUUGGGUCAUCUAAAUAAAGCCACCUGUAAAGUGGCUUUCACAAUGUAUAACUUUUGGGCUCUGUCUUUUCCAGAAAAUGGAAACUUGGGAUAUGUAUAUUACAAACAAAAAACUUUAUAUGUAUCUGUUUUGUAGCUUUGACAUUCUGAAGAUUAUUUGGUAGUUUUUAAUAUAUUAGAUGAAGGACAAGUUUGUACAUAAUGUAAUGCAAGACCGGGAGUUGAGAGCUUUUGCAUCAGGCACAAGUGAACCAAUUAUGGCUAUACUGCACCAGAUAUGUAGCUGCUGUGUGAUAGGACUUUAAAUAGUCUUCUGCAUAGGAAGACUGAAAAAGGAUUCAUCAACAGAAAGGAGAUUUAAGACAUUCCAUGACUGCCUCUGCAAUGUUAGAUGAUCUUUCAGCAGACUCAUGAAGAUAUUUUUCUCCCUUAAUAAAGGAGAAAAAUACACAGAUGGCUUGGGAAAUUUUUCUCUGCUUUACAAUUUUACCAUUUUUUUCAGAAGCUGUAACAAAUUGCUGACUUUUUACUUAUUUGAUAAACGUUAAAGAACUAUUUUUGUUUUAGUACUCUAAAGUUGCUUAGUCAAAUAAAUUGCCAAGACUAAUCAGUAUUUUAUUACCUUAUAAGGAAAAAAAUUUUCCUUUUCCCUCAAUAAAGAGAUUGCAACAGAAAAUUCUUUUUUUCACCUACUUCUAUGUAACUAACUAAUUGGCAGAUGAGACAAUUACAUCACCUUAUUUUGGUUUUAUACCAAUAAAACAUACCUUGGAAACUCAGAUAGCUGUGUACUUCAUUGCUUUUAGUGAGUGAGUGAACGAAUCCUUUAGAAAAGAAAACCCAGAAUAAUGGUAUUUGUUAGUUAGCAAAUCCUGGCAUAUUUGCAGUAAAAUGUUUUUCAAGUUUAAAUUUCUCAUUAUGUAAAUAUCAAAAUGAAAUCUGUGUAGAGAACACCAGUUUACCCCCCAAUAUCCAUUCUUUCCUUUUCACACAGUCAUAAAACCUUUGAUUUUUUCAGCUAGGCACAUGCACACCAGAAUAAAGACUACAUCCUUGUCUCCCUUGCAAGUAUGACUGUUCUGGCUGGUGAAAUGUGAGGGAAAUGAUAACGUGUCCUUUAAAACAGACUUGUUUUUUUUUUUUUUUUUUU